CUUGGAUGUAAAGUUGUCAGAACUUGGGGUUCUCCCCGAUGACACCAGCUGCUGGAGAAUGACUGUGAUGGACUCUGUAUUUACAAGGACUCUACCUCUGCAGUUUUCCAAGGUGUACGGCCCAGUGUACAGCAUUUACUUGGGAUUUACCCCGGCUGUGGUCAUCCAAGGGUUCAAAGCCCUCAAAGAGGUUCUAGUGAACAAGGGAGUAGAUUAUGCAGACAGACCUCAAAAUAGAUUAAUAGAAGCGAUUUCUGGUACUAGAGGUCUGGUGGCUGCACGUUAUGGACGUGCAUGGAAAGAACACAGACGCUUUACCCUGUCCACAUUGCGGAACUUUGGCCUGGGCAAAAAGUCCAUGGAGGAGAGGAUUCAUGAAGAGAGCGUGUACUUAAUUGAAGAAUUGAGGAAGAUGCAAGAUACACUGGCUGACCCCCAUUUUGUAAUUGACAAUGCUGUAUCCAAUAUUAUCUGUUCCAUUGUGUUUGGGAGGCGCUAUGACUAUGAUGAUACCUCAUUCCGAGAUAUUCUUAAUAUUGUCCAUGAAAAUAUGAGGAUGGCCACUGGAUUUUGGGCUCAGCUCUAUAAUGCAUUUGGAUUUGUGAAAUAUCUUCCAUUGCCACAUCAGAAGAUAUUCAGAAAUGUUACGACAGUCUUUGCGUUCCUUGGUAAGGUUUUAGAAGAACAUAGGAGAACCAGGGUGCCCGGUGAACCCAGAGAUUACAUAGACUGCUACCUGGAGGAACUUGAUAUGGAACAAGAAGAUGGUCACAAGUCAACCUUUGAUGCUGAGAACCUCUUCACGUGUGUGGGCGAUCUCUUUAUUGCUGGGACAGAAACUACCUCUGCCAGUCUUGAAUGGAUUCUGCUUUACAUGAUGGCCUAUCCUGACAUUCAGGAGAAAUGUCGGGAAGAAAUUGAUAGAAUUCGAGGAGACAGAGGCUAUCUUGACUAUGAGGACAGAGUAAAGAUGCCAUACACACAGGCUUUUCUACAGGAAGUCCAACGAUAUGCCUCAGUUGUGUCACUAGGAGUUGCUCAUGCACCCAUUAAAGAUAUUCAGCUGAAUGGAUACACUAUACCAAAGGGAACACUCAUCAUCACAGAUCUGUCCUCGACUCACUAUGAUGAAAAAUAUUGGAAGUAUCCAAAUGAAUUUAAUCCAGAA